AUGGCGCCAGAGCUCAAUUCUGCGUCUAUCCGGGUCGCCUUUGAAGGCUGUGGACAUGGCUGCCUUCAUGACAUAUAUGCAUCAGUGGAGCAGGCCGCUACGUUGAAGGGCUGGGACGGUGUUGACCUUCUAAUAAUUGGUGGCGAUUUUCAGGCUGUCAGAAACUCUCAUGAUAUGGCUUGUAUGUCUGUACCACAAAAGUACAAGGAGCUGGGGGACUUCCAUGAAUACUACAGCGGCAAACGUACAGCUCCUUACUUAACCAUCUUCAUCGGCGGUAAUCAUGAGGCUGGUAACCACCUAUUUGAGCUCUACUAUGGCGGAUGGGUCGCCCCAAAUAUUUACUACAUGGGAGCGGCAAAUGUCAUUCGCUGUGGCCCUUUACGUAUUGCAGGCAUGUCUGGAAUUUGGAAAGGAUAUGAUUAUCGUAAGCCACACUUCGAACGGCUUCCAUACAACCGAGACGACAUCCAGUCUAUUUAUCAUGUCAGAGAGCUGGAUGUUCGCAAGUUACUCCAAAUUCGCACCCAGGUCGACCUUGGCCUUUCACAUGACUGGCCGAAGCAGAUUGAAAGAUACGGCGACUACAACACUCUUUUCAGACUGAAGACCGGGUUCCGCUACGACUCGGAGACUGGUAAACUAGGCAACUUGGCGGCGAAGUUUGUUUUGGAUCGUCUACGCCCAGCGCACUGGUUCUCUGCUCACUUGCACGUAAGAUUCGCCGCGACCGUUGAACAUGGAGACUACAUUAUCCCAGAGCAUCCAGGCGCGAAACGACAAGCAACUGCUUCCCAGGGUAGUACAUCCCAAGUCCCAAGUGAUCCAAAUACGUUUGGGUUCGACGGCGCCCUUGUCACGUCAUUGCUUGGUGAAAAAUACAAGGCAAGUAGUCAGACUUUGCCAGGGCGUAUUGCAAACGAGACUCUAGAUAGGGCUGGCCCAUCUCAUGUUUAUCAGCCUGAAGGCGACUUCUCAGGGCCCCAUCCCCAGCACUCAGGACAGUCAUCAGUCGAUUCCACGGCACAAGGUAUUGUCAACGACAUUGAUAUGCACCAGCCAGCCCCAAUUCAGCAAGACCAUGAAGACACUCGAAGUAAGAUAUCGGCCUGGAAUGAGUUCCAUACGGUUGCUGCUAAGAAUGAAGCGAUCGAAAACUCCCGUUACCUCAUGGAACACCAGGGAGCUGUCCCUGAGAUCCAACAUAACCUAACUUGGAAAAAGGUCGAUAUUAGUGAGGAUGGAGUUGGUCGGAAGGUUGUCGGAGUGGAGAGGGAUGCAUGUACUGACACCGCGGUGAACAAAAAGCAGAAGUUGCAACAUGAGCCCAGGCCCGUGAAAAAUUCAGACGAAAUUGACUUGGACCUGGAUAGCGACCUUGGUGACGAUGCCGCUGCAGAUAUCGCUCCUGAAGCAGAGUCGCGGGUCAUAGAUCAAUCAGCCUCAGUAGCUAACAUUAACAAAGAUCCUACUAAUAACAUCGCCAAUCCUGCGGAAGAAGUAAAAAAAAACACAGGGGACAUCUCUGAAGAAGUCCGGAGCCAACUCCCUGCUGGUUUUGCACGACCUCAACCACAAACUUACGCGGUUAAUGGGCCUUUGCCAGAGGCUAUAUCUAAUAAGACCACACACUUUCUUGCUUUGGACAAAUGUCUCCCGAACCGAGAAUUUCUUCAACUCGUUGAAUUUAGCACUAUUUCAGAUCUCGAAGGCGCUCAGUGCGAACGUCCUUAUCGCUUGCAAUAUGAUAAGGAAUGGCUUGCCAUCACACGUGUGUUCGCAAAUGACCUCCAGCUCGGCGAUACAACCGCCAAACCACCUGCCGAUAAAGGUGACACGGUUUACGAACCCCUGAUCAUUGAGGAAGAAAAGUGGGUAGAGGAACACAUUGUACAGCCUGGAAAAAUGGUUAUCCCAGAGAACUUCGUCCAAACGGCCCCGCCUUAUGACCCGGUUGUUCCUAUCACGACAGAACAGAUGCCACCAGAGUACAACAAUUCUCAGACUGCUCAAUUUUGCCAGCUGAUUGACAUAGAAAACAAGUUCUACCUUAGCGAUGAAGAACGUGAAGCUCGCAUAGCCGCUGGCCCAAGGCCCACUGAGUCUAGACAGGACUUCUCCCGGCGUCCGCGGCGUGAUGGUGGUCAUGGGCCUGGACGUGGCAGAGGGGGCGGUAGAGGGGGCGGUAGAGGUGGCAGAGGUGGUAGAGGUGGUGGCCGCGGCUGGGGACGCGGACGCGGACGUGGACGAGCAGCGCCCUACUAA